AUGGGUCGAUUACAAACGCUAGUCGCUGACAAUUUGCGUGGAGUUGCUUUAGACAAUAUGUCGUUAUCAUCACGUUCUCUUCAAAGGCUCUCUAUAGGUCGCUUGGUGAAAACAAGAGACAGAGACUUCACAAAAAUGUUUGAUAAUUGUCCAAAUAUAAAAGUUCUAAAUAUUAUGAACACAGAUUUAUCAGUAAUUGCUGUAACAAAAAUGCUGGCUCCUCUGAGAGAUGUAUCAUCACUUUCUUUUGUUAAUUGUGAGGUUAAUGAAAUUAUGAAUCUGAAUAAUUUUACAAAAUUGGCUUACAUCGACUUCAGAAACAACAGAAUUAAAAAGAUUCAAGCAAGAGUUUUUCAAAAUUUAACUAAUUUGAAACGAUUGGAUCUUAGUAAUAAUCGUUUGAACAACAUCAAUAGGUCAUUUUUGCCUGGUUCUCUUUGGGAAGGAAAAGACUUCACGCUUGAUGUGUCUUUGAAUCCCUUGGAUUGUGGAUGUCAGCUAGAAUGGUUUAGAAUUUGGAUAGAAAACAAUGUGAAUAGGGUCAUUGGAUACCCAGGGAGAUAUAUAUGUGAUUCCCCAUCGGAAUUAAAAGAUAAAAGCUUAUCAAACUUUGAUCCAGCUUCGGAAUGUCACAGGAUAAGCCCAUAUAUAAUUCUGAUUUGCGUUUCACUUGCACUUCUUUCUCUUGUAAUUUUAUCUAUAUAUCUCUUGCGAAAAUUUCGAUGGGACAUCAAAUAUUACAUUUACAUUUGUAAAAAUAAAAAACCUUCUGGUUACAAGAGAUUCACUGAUGAUGAAGAAUUCCUCUACGAUGCCUUUGUUGCUUACAACACCAAAGAUAGAUACUGGAUCAUGUCUGAGCUUGUUCAAAUGGUGGAAAGAAAUGAAAAACAUAAAUUAUGUUUGCAUGAGAGGGAUAUUAUUCCUGGUGGAAUUUAUGUGGAUGACAUUCUAGAGAGCAUUGAUACCAGCAGGAAAUUCAUUCUGGUGCUUUCAAACAAUUUCAUGGACGAUCAAUGGUGCAUGUACGAAGCUGCUCUCGCUAAUCAUACUUUGGCUGAUGGCGAAGGUCACAAAUUAUUACUUAUUUUGUUAGAGGACAUUCGUUCUGAACACAUCAAUAGAUCUUUGAAAGUGCUCCUUAAGUCAACCUCCUAUGUGGAAUGGACAAAAAAUAAAAAUGGAUUGAAGAUAUUCUGGCAAACUAUCAAACAGUUCAUGAAAAAGUGA